UUGUCUUUUCUUCUCGCUGGUGGCUCUGGUCCAUGAUGAGUCAAGCCCUGCUUUGCCUUUGUAGAAGAAACUCUGCAGGGCAUGAAGAAAGAACAGGAAACGAGAGCAGAUGUGGCCUAACAUUCCUCCUGAGUUGUGCCCCGGCUUGUAUCCAAGCAUACUGCUGCAGCUUUGCUGGCUGUUCCUGCCAUGUCAACAGCACAAGGGCAGACCAGGAGGGUGUGUCGUUAACUCACGGAGAGGUUGAGUCUUGGGAGGAGAUAAAGGAGGAGCUUGAGCAGACGGGGGAGUCCAGUGGAAAAAGGGGCUAGAGAGAAAAUACCCUGCAGGCUGUAGUUUGAUGCUGGGGUUUUCUGCCACAACUCUUAUGUGGUGACAUCCAGCACUGCUUGUCUUCUUCUCAGACUCCGGGAACCUGUGGAACAUAGAACAGCAUUAAAACAGGCUGCAUGCAGCAGAAACAGGAGAAGUAAAGAGCAAACAAAAAAGAAGAACCUGGUGAGAGGGAAAGAAUCUAAAUAACUGAGAAAGCUUAAGCGAGUUUCAGCACCUCAAAUUAGUCAAGAUGGCAACCAUGGAAGCACUGGAAUCCUCAAGUGCCAUGCUGGAGCCUCAGACCCUGACUGAAGUCUCCGACGAUGAGCUCAAUCUGCCAGCUUCUGAUGAAGAAGAUAAUGCCCUUUCUGCCGCCAAGAAAGACCUGCAUGCCAUGGGGACAGAGGAAGAGACGAACGAAGACAAGGAUGAGGUGCAAGCAUCAGACACGCAAGUAAACGGCGUGAUGGUUCUGUCUUUGCUUGACAAGAUCAUCGGCGCAGUGGACCAGAUCCAGCAGACCCAGAGCGGGCUGGAGACCAGACAACAGGAGAUGGAGCGCACGGUGACCAGCAUCCAAGGAGAGCUGACCAAGCUGAGCAAGAACCACAGCACUACGUCCAACAGCGUCAAUAAGAUGAUGGAGAAGGUGCGCAAGGUCAGCGUCAACGUCAAGACCGUCCGAGCCACGCUGGAGAAGCAAGGCGGCCAGAUAAAGAAGCUGGAGAACAACGAGGCAGAGCUGCUGAAGAGGCGCAACUUUAAAGUCAUGGUGUACCAGGAUGAUGUGAAAGUGCCCUCAAAACUCAGCAUCUCCAAGUCUUUGAAAGUUUCUGAGUCUGUGUCAGGAAGCAGAGGAGGCAGUCUGCUGGAGCUCAAAGAGGCUGUGGAGGAACCUGGAGAAGCAGUGGAGGGUGACAAGGAGGACAAACCCCAUGUAGACCUUUCCUCAGAUGAAGAGGGGGUGGAAAUUGAAGACACCAUUGAGGAGACCCGAGCUGAACGCAUCAAGCGCACCAGUCUGCAGCGGGUGCAAACCCUGAAGACCGUCUUCUCCAAGGACAAGAUGGAUAAGACCAGAGCAAAGACCAAAGAGAACCUGGAGAAGACCAGACAAAAAACCAAGGAAAACAUUGAAAAGACAAAGCAGAAGACAAAGGAGAACCUGGAGAAGACCAGACAAAGAACGAAGGAAAAUAUUGAGAAGACAAAGCAGAAAACAAAGGAGAAUCUGGAGAAGACACGUCACAACAUCGAAAAGAAGAUGGGUAAACUUGGAACGCGCAUGAGUGUGAACCCUGAGCGAAAACAGAAGAUUAAAACAUCUGGUGACAAGAUGAAGAAGGCCUUCACACCGGACCACGUUGUUUACGCCCGCUCUAAAUCCGCCGUCUACAAGGUGCCCCCUUUCACCUUCCACGUGAAGAAGAUCCGUGAGGGUGAAGUGGAGGUGGUCCAAGGAACCGAGAUGGUGGAGGUGUCCAGGGAAGUGGAGCCAAUAGGCGGCGAGGAUGUGGAAAUAGACAACACUGAGGUGGACAUUGAGAUGGAGAUGGUGAAUGGAGGUGGGGAUGAAGAAGAGCAUGAUGAGGAUGAAGAAGAAGAGAGCCAUGAUGCCUUACAUGAGGAUGAUGACGACGAUAAAGACAGUGACUAAAUAUAGAGCAAAGAAACCUUCAUCCAUUCAGACCAAUUCUUUGUAUCUACACUGAGAUUUAGGCUUGAUUUGGAUUAAAAAGAAUAUUCAACAAUAACUGGGACAGUGAUAAUAUGCAGGUCUUAUUUUCACAGGUUUGGCCACCAUUUCUACUAAUGACAGAUGGUUUACAGUGUCUUCUGAAAACACAGAUCUAGCACUAACAGUUUGGAUGUGUCCAUCACACAUUUACUUCAGUCUUAUAUUCUAGCACUCACAAAGACCUAAAAACUGAUAACAAACAACAAACAUUCAAAGUUUUACUUUCAAUCUCCUCAGUUUGGACAUAAAUAGCUACAUGUGUUUGUGUCACCAGCUUACACCAAUUAUAGAGUAGAAAUGAUGGCCAAAACUAAACACAAGCAGAACAUCAGUCAGUCUGGAGAUCAUUACAUGAUUUCCCUUCUUUCUUCCAUUGACCAGGACAACUAGAAUUAGAAUUUUGUUAAAGCUGACGUACGUAGCUUUCAUAAAUAUUUUUUUGAUCAGUAUGUUGUGAAAAUAUAACAUGAGACCUCCUGUCUGUGGUCUAAAUGUAAUCUGCAUAAAUACACCGCUACUGAUCAGAAGCAACCAAUUGGAGCCAGGAGGAGGAGCAUAGCGCUGUCAAGUAACUCUUGUAUGCGCUGCUCAAUGUGCUAAUGGUGGAGAAACAACUUACCAUUACUGGAAAGCUGUUUAUCUGACAUCAUUGGUGGCUAUGCUAACUAACCUGAGCAUUAAAGGUGGGCUCUGGUGUGAGGAGCUCUCUGUAGCCCAGCACAGAGUAAGAGGAAAGGUGUGAGCAGCACAUACACAAACAUGGUUGACCGCACACAGACCCGCCUCCUGACUCUGAUUAAUGGUUUCUGACAAUGCAGUGUAUUUUUGCAGAUGGCAGUAGCACUGCAGGGAGGAGGCAGAAGAGCUUGAUUUUCUUCACAGAUUUUCUGUUUUAUGUUAUACUGUCACAACAUAAUGAAGGUUUUAACAAAUAUGUAAAAAAAAACAUAUUGUUUUUUUCUAAUUAUUUUGAAUAAGAAUAAAUAAUAAAAGAGGGAAGAAGACAUGUGUUUUGUUUAUAAUGAGCAGUAUCAUCAUCAGGUUUGGAGGGAGCACCAUAACAAAAAUAUACAAUGAGAUUAGUGUAAAAAAAAAUAAGAAGGAAAGAAAAAAGGUUAAAAAAAAGAAGGAAAGGAAGAUAUUAUGGUAUUAUUCAAUAUACUCUUUCACAAGAGAAACACAAAUAUAAACUCACUUUCUUAUCUAUAAUGAAAUCCCUUUCUCAUAUAAAUUCACAAAACAUUUUUCUGACAUUUUCUUUGCUGUUUAUCUAUUUAAAUCAUGAGUUAAAUAUGAUCUUCUUCUGAUUAAUCUAUCUGUUUAUAGGCACAGUGAUAUCUGCUGUCACUUCUAUCUUUUGCAGAACUCUUGCUUUUGCUUUUUAGUGUUUUCUAUAGUAUAAAACAUUUUCCAUCUUAUAUUAUUUUCCUUUCAUUCCUUCGUAGUGCUGGCAGACUUGCUCACACACACUGUGUUUUUUCAUAUGAUACUUCACUGUCAAUUUAUACAUAUAUAUCUGACCAUAUCACUGUAAUUUUCCAUAAAAAGGACAAAUUUUGCUUUUGUUUUUUUUUUCUCUCUGAAUUCACACAUACACACACACGUCCACCCACCCACCCACACACACACACACACACACACACACCAGAGCGGAACCAAACCAACAGUUGAUCCUAGUAACAGGCUGCUUUGAAGCUAAACCUAUUAUGCCUUUGUGUAAGACUGACCCCUAGUGUUGAGAAUUUUAAUUUGACUACUUUCUGCUCCAAAAUAAAUUUAAUGAGAAAUGUUAACCAAUCUGUGUUCAGAGGAUCUUAACGCAGGGUUUCCCAAGUCCAGUCCUGGGGGGGCUCCUGUCCUGCAUGCCCCUCUCUAACAUCCUGGACCAGAUGUAAAAUCCCCUCUGCAGUCUUUCAGCUCAGAGGGGCCCGAUACUGAGGACAGGAUUCAGGCACCUCUGCACUCCAGCAAUGUACAUGAAAACUGUGUUGUUAUUCUUGGCAGCAGCUGGGUAGGCUAUGGGAGGGGGUCAUAUUUUAUGAAACACAUAUUUUUCAUAACAUUAAUUUUAAACAGGACUUCUGCUUCCAAAAGUAACUGAGAUCAUAGCUUCCAGGUUAGAUUUAGCACUAUUUUCCUUGUGCUAUGUCUCCUGCAGUCUUGUGUAUAUAAUGUGACGCGUUAUCUGAGCAGAUGAUUAUUAACUUCAACAGAACCUCUCGCUGUUCAUCACAUGCACUUGUUCUGAACUCUGCAGUCAUGCUGAACUUUUGUUUUUGCACAGUGCAUCAUAUGGAAGCCACCAUAAGUAUUAUUAAACAAAGAUGAGAUAUUCAGGCCAUUUCCAUGUAUGACUGUGUUUAAUGAUCUUCCCUGUUUUAAUAUCCAACCUCUUGGAUCCAGUUUCCUGCUUUUGCUUUGUCUGUAUGUGAUUGCUGACUGGCAACACAGCUUAACCACUAACGAUUUAAUGAAUAAAACCCAAACUGAGUCACA